AGUCAAGGUCAGGGUGGUAUGCAUUCUAAUACAUAUAACCCUCAAUGGAGACAUCACCCCAAUAUGCAUGGUCAAAUAAUAAUCCAGCUGGUGUUCGAAACAUCCCACCUCCUGGUUUUCAACAGCAGCAGCCUCUACCAGAGAAGAAGCCCCAGCUGGAGGAGUUGAUUUUGGCUCAUAUGCAGAAAACAUACAAUAAUUUCAAGGGCCUGGAUCAAUUUUUCACUCAACAGCUAGCCAUCAACAAUAAUUUACAAUCGUCUAUGCUAGCUAUGGAGAGGCAGAUGGGACAGAUGGCUCAAACUUUGGCAGAUAUGCAAGGCAGGAUUCCUGGGACAUUACCAGCAAAUACUGAGAGGAAUCCGAAGGAUGCCAUGGUUGUAGCAGUGAAAUUGAGGAGUGGAAAGGCCUUGGAAGACCCUAGCAGCUCGAAAAAGGCACCAGAGGCAGAAGAGGAAGCACUGGGAGAAAGAUCUUGUGCAGAAAAUGAAGAAUCAGCCUUGCACAGGCAAAAUGAAAGCAGUUUGCCUGUGCAAAAGCAUGUUGCCCGUGUAAAACCAACAGGGGAAAAUGCAAAGAUGGAGGAGCUAAAACCUUAUGACCCACCCGCACCAUUCCCUCAGAGGUUAAUGAAGCCCAUGGAAGACCCAAACUUCAAGAAAUUUGUGAAUAUCUUCAAGCAACUUCAUAUCAACAUACCGUUGGCGGAGGCACUUGAACAGAUGCCUACAUAUGCUAAAUUCUUAAGGGAAUUGCUGACGAAGAAGCGCAAAUGGGCUGAUCUGGAGAAGGUAACCCUUACUUCUGAAUGUAGUGUUGUGAUUCAGAAUAAAUUACCAAAAAAGAGUGAUGAUCCGGGCAGCUUCACCAUUCCAUGUGUCAUUGGAGGUACAGAAUUCAAUAAAUCACUUUGUGAUCUUGGAGCAGGAAUUAAUUUGAUGCCAUACUCAGUCUACAAGAAAUUGGGAUUGAGAGAUGUUCUUAAACCUACUCGGAUCACUCUCCAAUUGGCUGAUCGAUCAGUAAAAAUUCCAAAAGGAGUGGUGGAGAAUGUAUUGGUGAAGGUGGGGAAGUUUAUUCUCCCAACAGAUUUUAUAAUUCUGGAGAUGGAAGAUGAUCGGGGAGUGCCUCUAAUUCUCGGCAGACCUUUUCUAGCAACCGGUGAUGCACUCAUCGAUGUUGGGAAAGGCAAGUUGACAUUCCGAGUAGGUAAGGAGGAGGAAAUUUUUAAUGUCUUUCAAGUUGACCAUAAUCAUGAUGACUUUGAAAGUGGAGCUCGAGAAAGGAAAAAUCCCUCUCCCUGUGAUAGUGGACCAUCCGAAGAACUAUCACCUAUCCUAUCUGCUCAGAUUCUGAAGUCAAAGCAAGGGCAGAAAUCCUUGCCAGGUCACCUCAAGUAUAGAUAUUUGGGUAAGGAUUUCAAUCUUCAUGUUAUUAUUCCUUCUUCACUAACAUUGAAACAGGAAGAGUACCUGCUUGAGGCGCUGCAGUACCACCUAUGCCUCACUAAAGGGUCUAACAUGCCAGCUAAGAAGGUCAUACCCAAUUUUCGCACACCUGGCCCUGCAGAGGUGACUCAUAUGCUGGAUGGAGGUUAUGCGUUCUAUCAUUGCUCGGGUGGGUAUUCUGGAUACCUUUGCAUACCCAUUGGUUGAAAGCUCCAUAAACGUCAGGCUGAGGACGUUAAACAAGCGCUUCUUGGGAGGCAACCCAAGGUAAGUUUUCUUUUCUUUAUUUUUCUUUUUCGUUGUGUCAAACCGUGCAUGUUUAGAUUAGGAGUUGAACAUUAGGGACAAUGUUCCAUCCUGAGUGUGGGGUGGCGAGUCUUAGUGUUUGUUUGUUCCUUUUGCCUGUGGUCGGUAAAAAAAAAGUAAAAAAAAAUUGCCAUUGGUGAGUCUUAGUGUUGUUUGUCCCUGUUGCAUGUGAUAAAAAAAAAAGUUAAAAAAAAAAAUUUGCCAUUAGGUUGAGCACAGCCAAACUGCAAUUAGUUUGCCUGUGCAAAAAGCAGGUUGCCUGUGCAAAGCUAAUGGCUAAAAAACACCUAAAAAUCAGAAAACUUAAAAACAAAACCUUGUACUCUUGUGGUAACAUGAUGUAAAUGAGUGUGAUGCGUGUGAAAUGAGUUUGUGCUUGAAGAAUCAUCCAAAUCACCCCACUAGUGUUGAAUUGCAUAGUUCUACACAAUGAGCUUGAAUGUUUUGACUGACAUGAUGUGCUUUGAAUGAGCAAACUCUUCUAGCAACAUUCUCUUUUGUGAGGAUAGUGUAAUGACUUUUGGUGAAGUAGUUAGGUGGAGAACAUUGACCAUUCGACAUGUUUGGAUACCGUGCUUACUUGCAUCAAGUGUGAGCUUUGAUUUUGCAAUGAGUCUCUCUGUUUUGAAUGUUUUAUGAUGGGGUGAACUGUAUCUUUAUAAAAGAAAACACUACCUGACAAGUAAAAUAUAAGAAAGUUGCCAUAACAAUUAAAGUGUGGGUAAAAAUGCCAAAAUCGUGUGAGGCAAUCACUCAUUGCACAUGGGGAUGAGGAAAGAUUCAAUUGAGAAUCGGUUCGCGACCGUACGAUGUUGCUUAUCAAGUACGAUCCCCAGUUGAGUGAAGUGCCAUUUGAGGAUGUGCAAUGACCCUCCACACGGACCGAGGAAAAGGAGUUAAAAGAAGCCCUUAUGCGAAUGCUAAGAAGCAGAAAUUGCUCUUGCUCGGUCACCGAUAGUAAGAAACAAAUCCCACUUGUACUAAAUACGACCUCUCGGCAAGCAAAAGCAGAAAGAGAGAAAGCCUCUCCUUGUCAUAAAAGGUAGUGAUGUGCUUAAAGUUAAAAUCAUGUUUGCGAAAGGCUUCCCCUAUUAGUUUUUGAGACUCAUGCUUAAUUAAUUGCUUAUGAUUGGUGUGAGUAAGCCAGACUGUCCUCACGAGAUAUGCACCUCACUGAUGUGGUUAGAUUCUCCUAAUAAUUGUUGCACCAUAAGUUGUUAACCACCCACUACCGACGAUCGAAAUUGAGUGUUGCUAUUUGAGUUUUUGAUGGAUUUGAGUCAGUCAAUGGUAAUGGUUGCAAACAACUUGAGUGUGGGGUGAAAGGUAUGACCAUUAAAGCACAACUUGUCCGUUGAGAAAGAAACUACUGAUUACAACAAGAGUACAAGGAAAUUUUGUGUUUUGCUUUUAGUGAGUCUGUGGUGUGUCAUUGUUUUGGGAUGAUUAUGUGUUUGUGAUGUUUGAGUCGUUGCUUAGGGACAAGCAACAAUUAAGUGUGGGGUUGUGA